GCAUUUUUCGAAGGCCGGCCCGAUGGAAGCGCGUCGGCUGCCGCUUGGAGCCAUGGCAAAGGACGAUGGCUCGGUCGUCGUGCCCGAGAGCCGACGCGCGGACGGCUCUGUGCGCAAGGAGAUCCGCAUCCGCAAGGGAUAUGUGCCCCAAGACGAGCAGCCUGUCUACCGACCGCGCGGUCGACGCGAGCGUGACGCCCCAACCAGCGCGGUCGCCGACCUCGCCGCCGGCAUUAGCAGCAUCUCGUUGGCGAACGAAGAGAAGACGUCGGUUGACGCCAAGCGCCACGACGAAGACGAAGAAAAGCCCGCGCCGACGUCGCUGCAGCAGCGUGCGCGGCAACUGCCGAUCGGCGCCGUCGAGACCGCCUCGGGCGACGUCAUCAUCCCAUCCAGCCAACGACCGGAUGGCACCUUUCGGAAAGAGAUUAAAGUGCGCAAGGGCUACGUGCCGCAAGACGAGCAGCCCAUGUACCGACCUCGCGCACUCCGCAACGCCGUCGACAGCGAGGCUUCGCAGUCCGUGCGGCCGACCGACACGCCGUCGCGCGACGAGAAGCCUCGUCCGCGCAGCAGACCGCAGGCUUCUCAUCCUCGCCCGCAACGCACUUCGGAGCGCACGACGCCGCGAGAAGCAUGGGCCCGCGAACCACCCGCGUCGACUGUAUCGACGCCGCCGCCAACGUCGACGCUUCCUGCGUCGCACCCGAACCGGCGCCGACACAUUGAACUCUAGCAGCAUCGAAUCAUAUUCAUAUAUACAUCUAUAUAUUGAGCAACCCGGUGGGGCAAGAGGGUCGUGUCUA